AUGAAGCUCCUCUACAUUGGUAUCAUCCGCAAUAUUUCGACUCCCGCCCAUGAAAUCGUCGCCGAGAAGGAACUGAGCGCCUACUCGCGCUUCACCCGCAACAAGUGCGUCCCGCUAUCUUCUGUCCCGUAUUCUCUCCCGCCCACACUAACACGCGCGGAUGGAUAUUGCAGCUAUGGAGAGUUCAUGAGCCUCUUCUCCAAGACGGUAGCCGAGCGAACGAAGCCAGGACAACGUCAGGACGUUGAGGAGCAGGACUACACUUUCCACGCCUACGGUCGAAGCGAAGGCGUGUGCGGCAUCCUCAUCACAGACCAUCAGUACCCUGCCCUGGUGGCCCACCAGCUCCUCGGCAAGGUGGUAGACGACUUCCUCACCAAGAACCCCCGAUCGGCAUGGGCCACCGGGACACCCAGCCUCGCCAUGCCCGAGCUCCGCGAGUACCUGGACAAGUACCAGGACCCGGAACAGGCUGACAGCAUCCUCAAGAUUCAGAAGGAGCUCGACGAGACAAAGAUUGUCCUCCACAAGACCAUCGAGAGCGUCCUCCAGCGUGGCGAGAAGAUUGACGACCUGGUCGCCAAGAGUGACGGUCUCAGCAACCAGAGCAAGAUGUUUUACCGUUAG